GCCGUGCCAACAUCUGUUCUCCUCCCUGCCAGAGAUCUAGCACAAUUUUGCACUGUAGAAUUGAUCAUGAAGUCAAAGACGUCUAUGGACUUGAAAUACCACCACUACGAGCACUUGCUCGAGACAAGGCUGGAUGAAGUUGGAACGCGGACCGAGGAUUCUCGUCUAACCUUCCCCAUGAUCUUUUUCUUUCUCCAAAAAUUAUCAAGACAGUCCGGACAAAGAAUAUGCGUCACGGAGUACGGGGAUAUGACAACGAUGAAUUGACUCUUUCCCAACCAGGGACCAACAGACAUUCGCAACAAGUCUAUUGACAAGAACACAAUGCCAAUCCCAGCAUGUCCGUGACCAAACCUCCCUCUAAACCCUCCGAUACCGACAUAUCUACCAACGAGGCCCUUCUGCACCACGCCGAGGCCUCUCGCCUGGCAAAGUCAUGGCUCUCCGGUGUAUUCGGUGACGAGUCCUCCCCCGCCUCAAUCGAGGACGAGCAAGACGACUUUGACAAGAAUGUGGCCAAAAAGCCGUUUCUCUACUCGGACACUGGUGGAAUAGGAUACACCGAACCCACAGACGCCGCCUCCUCAGCAGCAUCUCGAGCCUCGGAUCCAGCAACGGCAUUCCUCCGAAAACAAAUGCUCGGUCGCGGAGCCAACCAGCACACUUUUACAAGGGGGCUGCCUCCUCCUCGAUCAGGACACCCGCUUCGGAGGCGUCGACACGACGACGAAGAAGACGAGGAAGAAGGUAGAUCUAGAUUGGGAAAGAGCAAAGCCUUGAAACACAAGCUCUCAAAUGCCAAGGUUUCGUCGUCGGCAGAGAACAUGAAUGGCGCAGAUGAGAUCGUGCCUCCACCAGGACCACCGCAAGCGAGCAGCGACCACCCGGCGGCCUCACACGGUCACCAGCCCAAGACGGCGGCGCAGGAAACGAGAGGCAAAAAGAAGCGCGGGUCCAGCUAUCUAGACGAGAUAUUGGCCUCUCGUGCGUCCAAGAAGAAAAAGAAGAAAUCUGGGAAAGGUGACGAUGGAUGAAUGGGUGAACGAAACGACAUCUACAAUACACUACUACCCCGAGGCAAGAAGAAGAAUCAACCACCCUUGCUAUUUUCAUCGCCUAUACAAGAACUCGUACACAGAAGUGGUUCGUUGAAGCGCAGACGCACGCACGUACCGCAUCUGAGGACCAACACUAUCAAAGGUGACAGUAUCCUCGUCACCCUACUUGCCACAACUUGUCGACAACCAUUUUUUGGAGGCGGAUUUCAGGGUCUCCAAGAUAUAUAUACUUGGGCCUCUCUCCGUCUCUUCUCAGUCUCUUACGAAGAACCAUACAGUCGGCUGGGGGCGCGUCCCGUUCCGCGUUGCGAAUGCCUCGUCCGUAAGAAAAAUGUUUCACGCUGCCACGUAACGUAGCGCUUAUCCCGGGCAACACCGACAUGGGCCACAUCAAAGUCUACCGAGACGGAUCUUCCUCUGCUGGACUUUCUUCUGUCCACAUGGGUCCGGAUACAGAUCGAGUGUUCGGCGCCCGUCUUGAGACCUCGAGAUCUCGGACCCAACAUCAACCAGGCUCAGCACAUCAUCGACGAUACGUACUCAACAUCAAAGCUUGACCCCGACAUCAUAUCGAGUCUGAUGUCACCAAACCCACAGCUGACUGCCGUUACCAUCAGACAUAUUCAGUGUAGAUAAAGUUUCAUCACCUACAGAAGAAACAAAAGACCAUGACAAAGUGAGAAGAUGAUUUAGGGAAAAGUGAAAAGAAUCUUCCUUGCAUACGCCGUUCUCAUCCUCGUCCUCAUCCUCAUUAAACUUUAGUAAAGUAAGGCAGAAGAGAUGUACAACUACCUUCCUCACCACGUGGACCUCCUAGCUAGCUAGAAUAUAUCAUAAACAUGGCCCUG